GAAAUGGUUGCUUACGAAGACGGAAACAAAGAGCUUGAUGGAAAAUUGACAGAAGAAACUCUGCGACCAAAUAGUGGCACACACCUGAAUGUGGGAAGUUUUCCCAUUCCUUUUUCUGAAAACACAAUUCUUCAGCAGCAAUUAGAAGCGUUAUAUCAGCAAAUUCACAUGCAGCAGCAGAUGGUUUUCAAGCAACAAUGGGUUCCUCAACAUCAAAUGCCAUUUCAGAAUCCUUUUUCGCUGAACAACGCUUUUCCCUUUAAUUUGAGUUGGAUUGAUCCGAGACUGCAGCAUUUGCAACAAAUAGGUCAACCCAGUCCGCAAAAUCUAGCGGGACAGGUUCAGCCGCAGUCUGCGUCUAAAGACAGUCCCAAUCAAGAAAUUAGAGCAACUGGUCGACAGGAAGUUUUAAAUAAUAGUCCCUUAGAACUGAAUGCGAACUUGGAAGCCAACGAUGAGAAUGAAGCUCAGCAGAAAAGUGAACAUUCCAGUGAAACAAAAACUAGUCCGUUGGAACCGAUUGAAGUUGGAACUGAAAAGAACAAAGGUGUAGCUGCAGAGCCUGUAUAUGGGAAAAACGAAGAGCCAGCGGUCGAAAAGGAAACAGAAAAGAUACCCGUUGAAGUUAGUGCCUGCUAUGAUUUGAAUAAUCCUCAGAGACGGUUCGACGAGCAGCCUGUCGGAGGAGCAGCUGCUGCAGGAAAGUCUUUCGAUCAAAUUCUGCUCGAAAACCUGAGCAAGAGCGAGGGAUUGAGUGGUGGUCAACCUAAAACAGUGAUGGCUACUUCAAGCGUCAUGACUACUAAGCCUUCAGCUGGCCAUGAGAAGGGUCCAGUGAAACGGAGGCCCUUUCUGAAGCGGGGCACUGGGUUGAGUAGAUUUGCACCCAAGAAGCAGCCAGACAACCAGGAGCAAGACAGUUUUGAUGGAAAGACAACACAGUCAAACUCACAAGUGCGAUAUCCGAAAUCAGUCGACCAGUCACCAGCAUACACAAAUGAUUUGGAUUCACACAGGCGAAGAACUUCCAGUCCUAAAUUGAGUUCUGCGAAGCAGAGUUUCAGCGGUAAAAACGCUAAGAACCUCAACGACUUUGUCAAAGACGUGGUCGAAGAUAUGAUUCCCGAUAAUGAUGUUAAAUCCAACCUGGAAUCGGAUGAAUUUCAUCCAACCAUCCAAGAAUGUGAACAUCAACCGUAUAAGUACGAGCCAACAACGCAGAAUACUUUUUUACCUAUGAAGUACUCAGGAGGAUCUGGUUUCAGCUUACCAAUGUGGAAGGACGUUGAGCCAAAUGAGCGUAUGAAUGGGACAGCAGAAGAUUUGGAGCUGUUUGAGCUUCUAGAACAGGCAGCGGACACCUCCGGAUGCUCAAACGUAUCUAUGCUUCUGCAGUACAUUGCGAGCAACCCAUCAGCUGCUCAUAAUUUCAAAACACCGAACAUUUCGAGAGAAGUGUCUCCUUUAAAACAUUUCCCAACUGAACCGAGUAUGCCAAUUUGUCACGAAGAAAAAGAGCCUAGUUUAAGUUCUCGGGAUCAUAAAGGCGAUUAUGAUGAAGAUAAGGCUGCCAAUGAGCCUUCUUGGCCUCACGUGACAUCAGAAAGGAAUCGACUAACAGAUGAUUACGAGGAGGGUACAUCACGUAGUCCAGAAGUUGAGCGAAAAAUUGCAAGUAAAGCGGAAGUUAGACCUCAACACCUAUUCGCAGAUGAGAGCUGUUUUGACGAUACAAUUGCAAACACCUCCUAUAACUCAGAGCAAUUAGACCAAAACGUGCAGGAUAGCAAUGACUAUGAUCAUUUUGGUAAUGACGUACAAGAUAAAAAUCAAGAUGAAGCGUUUUCUGUUCCAUCGAAGUCGGAUAACCCAAUUGACUUCAUUGGGAGUAUUUCAACUUGUGAGAGUCUUCUGGCUGGAAGUAUAGUUCCUGUGCGAUCCUCGACGCCUCCGCUGCGUAAAUUGGCUUCAAAAAGGUUAGAGCAGAGUGGAGUGGCUGACACCCUGGCUGAGUCGAGAUAUGCAUCUGGUGGCGAAACAAAAGAUGAGCGAGAAGCGACCCUGAAAGGGCUUUUUCCAAAACUCCAAGAAACGGAUUUAAAGUUCUUACAGGCGACCUACAAUGUUGGUAAGAGCGAGAAGAAUAGUGACGCGUCACUGAAUGAGAAGCUGAAGGAGAAGUUGAAUACCCUGGAUGAGGAGAUCAAGAGGUACAGACAGGAGAAUGCGGCCAUCGAACAGAUCCGCCGUGAAAAAGAGAAGAAACUGCAAGAAUUCAAUAUGGAGGUGUCCAACUUCCAGAAUCAAAGGGACGAAGAGUUUAAGCGAAUAGAAAAUUACAGGCAGCAAGAAACUGCAGCACUCAAGAAGGAGCGGAAGGUGUUUGAAGAGGCUCAGAGGGCAGCUAAAGAGAGUCUCACAAAGAGGGAGAGGGAGGAGGUGGAGAAUCUGAAGAAACGACUACAUGCCGUGGAAAAAGAACUCAAGCAGAAGGAGGCCAAAUGGAGCAGUACAGUGGAAAGACUGAACAACACAGUGCAGACUCAGAAGAAGCAGAUCGAGGAGCUGAAGACAGCCAAUCAGCAGCUGGAACGACUUAGAAUAGAACACAUGAAGAAACAGGCGGCCACCUCGGCGGCAGCCAAGAACACUGCUGCACAGAAACCUGCAAAUGCGUUGGACCUGAUUAACAAAAAGUUAUCUGCCCAGCAGUCAACGGUCACUAAACCAGCUAUCAGCAAUGCUAAACCGAAGAAGGAAGAGAAAAGCAACACUUCCGAGCCGCCAACUGAAACGACUAAAUCAAAAUCAGCUACUAUUACUAGAAGUAGUUCACUGAAAGCUAAUCAAUCGGGAAUGCGAAAGACAGCGACUGUAUCUUUUGACGCAAAACCGAAGGUUGAUGAUACGAGACCCAAUAAGGGGCCAAGUGUUCAAAUGGGAAUGUCUUCGCCUGAAAGUAGAACUCAAGUUUCGUCCUCUGUUCCAGAACAGUCAUUGGAGCAUCAGACUCACUCUACUCAUGAUGUUACACAUAGUCUCGACUCUAGUUCUUGCGACGUGGUUGAGAAUAAACUGGCGGAUGGGAUGGUGGAGUUCGUGUUUAACAAUGGCACCCGCAAAGAAGUCUCCCCUGAUGGAAAGAGUGUCACCAUCUUCUUUUUUAACGGAGACUACAAGAAGACCAGCCAGGACGGAUCUGUGUUGUACUACUAUGCGGCCACUAAGACUACUCAAACUAAAUAUCCAGACGGACUAGAAGUACUCCAGUUCGAUUGUGGUCAGAUGGAGAAGCAUUUGGUGGAUGGUACAAAGGAGAUCUUCUUCCCAGACAAGAGUGUGAAGGUGUGCUACUCGGACGGCCAGGAAGAGACUACUCUAAGUGACGGCACUGUCCUACACACCCACCCCUCCUCCCACACCAAAACCAUCUUCUACCCCAACGGACAGAAGGAGAUACACACGCCACAGUACAAGAAGCGAGAGUACCCGGAUGGUACGUGUAAGAUCCAGUACCCGGACGGGAGACAAGAGACACGCUACUCCUCUGGCAGAGUGCGCAUCAAGAAUGCUGCUGGAGAAGUACUCGUAGACCAAUACGUGUCACCACAACACCCAAAUCAUAACACAUCAACUAGUGCAGAUUUCAACAACAGAGGUCAUGUAGAAAAUGUUGCAAAUACAGACUCUCAGGCUGAUCAACUCAGUUACGAUUGUUAAUGUCGUAGACGGCAUAAUUAAUCUAAUCUAUAGAUAUUUUUGAAUUAUAUACUACUGAAGUUUGAAUUGAUUGUAUAGCGCUUGUUUGUAUCUUUUUAAGUCACUGUUCGAUUCUAAUUGAUUAUUUGAUAGUCUA